AUGGAUCCAGAGCAGUCAGACCCAGCAUCGAGAGACGUAAUGUACGAAGACGAAGUUGAAGAAUCUGCUUCUCCUCCCGAGGACUACUCACCUAAGGAGCGCCAUGAAGCAUCUCCGUCUCCACCUCAGGACGACCAGUCCGCAGAUUGUGACGAAGCAUCUGCGUCUGCAUCUCCGCAGACCAAGGAGACUUUGAAGGAAGCAUCAACGCCUUCUUCCAAGCAUGAUCUGAUCAUCGACUGCGCAGAGGCACCUGCUUCUACUCCUCAGAAUGGCGUGUCCAAGGACCGUGACCAGGCGCCUUCGUCUUCUCCCGGAAGCGGAAGCAGUCCAGAGGUUGAUGGAGCACCUGAGACCUGCAGAUUCCCAGCACCGGCCGAGGAGAUGAGCUUACGGAUUGCCGAACACAGGACGAACGGCCACCUCCCACAAGCCAAUCUAGAUGCUCUCGAGACCACUCCGGAGAUCGUGUCAAUCCUCAACAUGCUUAACUCUGAGCGCAACCGGACAACCGACGAGGACGGCUACGAUUCCACUGUAGACGCCCCCAGGAACGACAGCGUCACCACCAACACCAUGACGUGCCUCCAAAACAUCGAAAACAACGGCGUCUACCCCACCGAUACCUCAGAAGACGACUCCCACCACUUCCUCCCCAUCCCCAUCCCCUCCCACCCCACAUCCCCAACAACAGUCCACCACGAAUCCGUCCUCAAAAAACGCAUCAUCUACUCCAAACUCGCCCCGGGCGCCGAAUACGACACCCGCUCCUACACCCCCACCUUCAUCCACGACUGCCUCAUGCUCCCCGGCACCCUCGCCACCGUCACCGGCAAACGCUUCCCCACCGAGAUCCUCAACCGCAUGACCCCCGCCCUGCUCCCCGGUUUCCACGGCCACGUUCAUACGCAGACGCAACAACCGUGUAUCCUCCAGUCCCACGACCCGCAGGACUUCGUGCAAGGGAUGCUGAUCUUCGGCCAAGCGCGCGCAGCACGGGACAGGAUCCACGCGCACUACCGCGACACUUGCCGACGGGUGAAAGUGCAGGUGGAAGUGGAGUUUCUUGCUCCAAACCCGUCGGAGAAUGCGUGGGUGCUGUUUCGGAAGAGGAUCUGGGCGCACGCGUGGUUGUGGGCGAAUGUCGGGAGUGGGGAUGUGGAGUUCAGGGGGGUAAGGGAGAGGUGGACGUUGGAGGAGUAUUUGGCUGGGAAGUUGGGAGGGGAAAGGAGGAUGAUGCUGGGGGAGGAAGGGUGGAUUGGGGAGGACUUUGAGGAUGGGAAGGAGGUGGUUGGGGGUGAGCGGAGGGAUGAGGGUGCGGUUGGGGGAGGAUGUGAAGGCGUUAUGGUUCACUCCGAGCAGCCCAACAGCUCGGCUUGGGUCGCUCAAGACCCCUGGCAACCUCAGCCUGAGGAGGCGGGUGAACCAGGUCCCGACAAGAAGGACGACCUAGCUCAGGCUGCUGUCCGAAGAGACGUGGAUUGGGUGUGGUGA